ACAUAGAGGGCGCCAGUGACGCCCACACACGUGCUGGUGUCCCGGGAAGAGUUUUCCUGGCAAUGAGCUCAGGAACGUUGGAUCUUAAUCAAGGCUUUCUCGGUCAGGGUGUGGGUUGGACUUCAGGCUCCAGCAAGCCCCGCCCCACACGGCGGGUCGGUGCCCCCCGGUCCCAGGUGCCCGCUACUUCCCAGAACCGCCGCCUCCCGCUCUGGGCCCUCGAACCAGCGCGGACACCACAAUGGACAGGGCGUCCGAACUGCUCUUCUACGUGAACGGCCGCAAGGUGAUAGAAAAAAAUGUUGAUCCUGAAACAAUGCUGUUGCCUUAUCUGAGGAAGAAGCUUCGACUCACGGGAACUAAGUAUGGCUGUGGAGGAGGAGGCUGUGGUGCUUGUACAGUGAUGAUAUCACGAUAUAACCCCAUCACCAACAGGAUAAGGCAUCACCCAGCCAAUGCCUGUCUGAUUCCCAUCUGUUCUCUGUAUGGUACUGCCGUCACCACAGUAGAAGGCAUAGGAAGCACCCACACCAGAAUUCAUCCUGUUCAGGAGAGGAUCGCCAAGUGUCACGGAACCCAGUGUGGCUUCUGCACACCCGGGAUGGUGAUGUCCAUCUACACGCUGCUCAGGAACCACCCGGAGCCCACUCUGGAUCAGUUAACUGAUGCCCUUGGUGGUAACCUGUGCCGUUGCACUGGAUACAGGCCCAUAAUUGAUGCAUGCAAGACUUUCUGUGAAACUUCGGGCUGCUGUCAAAGUAAAGAAAAUGGGGUUUGCUGUUUGGAUCAAGGAAUCAAUGGAUUGCCAGAAUUCGAGGAAGGAAGUAAGACAAGUCCAAAACUCUUCGCAGAGGAGGAGUUUCUGCCAUUGGAUCCAACCCAGGAACUGAUAUUUCCUCCUGAGCUAAUGAUAAUGGCUGAGAAACAGCCGCAAAGGACCAGGGUGUUUGGCAGUGAGAGAAUGAUGUGGUUUUCCCCCGUGACCCUGAAGGAACUGCUGGAAUUUAAAUUCAAGUAUCCCCAGGCCCCUGUCAUCAUGGGAAACACCUCUGUGGGGCCUCAAGUGAAAUUUAAAGGCGUCUUUCACCCAGUUAUAAUUUCUCCUGAUAGAAUUGAAGAACUGAGUGUUGUAAACCAUACACAUAAUGGACUCACCCUUGGUGCUGGUCUCAGCCUAGCCCAGGUGAAGGACAUUUUGGCUGAUGUAGUCCAGAAGCUUCCAGAGGAGAAGACACAGACAUACCAUGCUCUCCUGAAGCAUUUGGGAACUCUGGCUGGGUCCCAGAUCAGGAACAUGGCUUCUUUAGGGGGACACAUCAUUAGCAGGCAUCCAGAUUCAGAUCUGAAUCCCAUCCUGGCUGUGGGUAACUGUACCCUCAACUUGCUAUCAAAAGACUGCCUGGUGCGUAGGUGGUGCUCAGUGUUUCUACAUGUGCCACUUAACUGUUUCUUUCAGUUGGAAUUUGUGUCAGCCUUCCGACAAGCCCAGCGACAGGAGAAUGCACUAGCGAUAGUCAAUUCAGGAAUGAGAGUCUUUUUUGGAGAAGGGCAUGGCAUUAUUAGAGAGUUAUCCAUCUCAUAUGGAGGUGUUGGUCCAGCCACCAUCUGUGCCAAGAAUUCCUGCCAGAAACUCAUUGGAAGGCACUGGAAUGAAGAAAUGCUGGAUACAGCUUGCAGGCUUGUUCUGGAGGAAGUCUCCCUUUCGGGCUCGGCGCCAGGUGGAAAGGUGGAGUUCAAGAGGACUCUCAUCAUCAGCUUCCUCUUCAAGUUCUACCUGGAAGUGUCACAGAUUUUGAAAAAGAUGGACCCAGUUCACUAUCCUAGCCUUGCAGACAAGUAUGAAAGUGCUUUAGAAGAUCUGCAUUCCAAACAUCACUGCAGUACAUUAAAGUACCAGCAUAUGGGCCCAAAGCAGCAUCCUGAAGACCCAAUUGGCCACCCCAUCAUGCAUCUGUCUGGUGUGAAGCAUGCCACGGGGGAGGCCAUCUACUGUGAUGACAUGCCUCCGGUGGACCAGGAACUUUUCUUGACUUUUGUGACUAGUUCAAGAGCUCAUGCUAAGAUUAUGUCUAUUGAUCUGUCAGAAGCUCUCAGCAUGCCCGGUGUGGUGGACGUCAUAACAGCAGAACAUCUUAGUGACGUCAACUCCUUCUGCUUUUUCACCGAAGCUGAGGAAUUUCUGGCGACAGAUAAGGUGUUCUGUGUGGGUCAGCUUGUCUGUGCCGUGCUUGCUGAUUCUGAGGUUCAGGCAAAGCGAGCUGCUAAGCAAGUGAAGAUUGUCUAUCAAGAUUUGGAGCCACUGAUCCUAACAAUCGAGGAAGCUAUACAACACAACUCCUUCUUCGAGCCAGAAAGGAAACUGGAAUAUGGAAAUGUUGAUGAAGCAUUUAAAGUGGUUGAUCAAAUUCUCGAAGGUGAAAUACAUAUGGGAGGUCAAGAACAUUUUUAUAUGGAAACCCAAAGCAUGCUUGUUGUUCCCAAGGGAGAGGAUCAAGAAAUGGAUGUCUACGUGUCUACACAGUUUCCCAAAUAUAUACAGGACAUUGUUGCCUCCACCUUGAAGCUCCCAGCUAACAAGGUCAUGUGCCAUGUAAAGCGUGUUGGUGGAGCAUUUGGAGGCAAGGCGUUCAAAACCGGAGUCUUUGCAGCCGUCACUGCAUUUGCCGCAAACAAACAUGGUCGUGCAGUUCGCUGUGUUCUGGAACGAGGAGAAGACAUGUUAAUAACUGGAGGCCGCCAUCCUUACCUUGGAAAGUACAAAGCUGGAUUCAUGAAUGAUGGCAGAAUCUUGGCCCUGGACAUGGAGCAUUAUAGCAAUGCAGGCAACUCUUUGGAUGAAUCAUUAUUGGUGAUAGAAAUGGGACUUCUGAAAAUGGACAAUGCUUACAAGUUUCCCAACCUCCGCUGCAGGGGUUGGGCAUGCAGAACCAACCUUCCAUCCAACACGGCUUUUCGUGGGUUUGGCUUUCCUCAGGCAGGGCUGAUCACCGAAUCUUGUAUCAUGGAAGUUGCAGCCAAAUGUGGACUAUCCCCUGAGAAGGUGCGAAUGAUAAACAUGUACAAGGAAAUUGAUCAAACACCCUACAAACAAGAGAUCAAUGCCAAGAACCUGAUCCAGUGUUGGAGAGAAUGUAUGGCCGUGUCUUCCUACUCCUUGAGGAAAGCGGCUGUGGAAAAAUUCAAUGCGGAAAAUUACUGGAAGAAGAAAGGACUGGCCAUGGUCCCCCUGAAGUAUCCUGUUGGCCUUGGCUCACGCGCUGCUGGUCAGGCUGCUGCCUUGGUUCACAUUUAUCUUGACGGCUCUGUGCUGGUCACUCACGGUGGAAUUGAAAUGGGGCAGGGGGUCCACACUAAAAUGAUUCAGGUGGUCAGCCGUGAAUUAGGAAUGCCAAUUUCGAAUGUCCACCUGCGUGGAACAAGCACAGAAACCGUCCCUAAUGCAAAUGUCUCUGGAGGUUCUGUGGUGGCAGAUCUCAACGGGUUGGCAGUAAAGGAUGCCUGUCAAACUCUUCUAAAACGCCUCAAACCCAUCAUCAGCAAGAAUCCUAAAGGAACUUGGAAAGACUGGGCACAGACUGCUUUUGAUGAAAGCAUUAGCCUUUCAGCUGUUGGAUACUUCAGAGGUUAUGAGUCAGACAUAAACUGGGAGAAAGGCGAAGGCCAUCCCUUCGAAUACUUCGUUUAUGGAGCUGCCUGUUCCGAGGUUGAAAUAGACUGCCUGACAGGGGAUCAUAAGAACAUCAGAACAGACAUUGUCAUGGAUGUUGGCUGCAGUAUAAAUCCAGCCAUUGACAUAGGCCAGAUUGAAGGUGCAUUUAUUCAAGGCAUGGGACUUUAUACAAUAGAAGAACUGAAUUAUUCUCCCCAGGGCGUUCUGCACACUCGUGGUCCAGACCAAUAUAAAAUCCCUGCCAUCUGUGACACACCCACAGAGUUUCACAUUUCUUUGUUGCCUCCCUCUGAAAACUCAAAUACUCUUUAUUCAUCUAAGGGUCUUGGAGAGUCGGGGGUGUUCCUGGGGUGUUCCGUGUUUUUCGCUAUCCAUGAUGCGGUGAGUGCAGCACGACGGGAGAGAGGCCUGCACGGACCCUUGAGCCUUAAUAGUCCGCUGACCCCGGAGAAGAUUAGGAUGGCCUGUGAAGACAAGUUCACAAAAAUGAUUCCAAGAGAUGAGCCUGGGUCCUGUGUUCCUUGGAAUGUACCCAUCUGAAUCAAAUGCAAACUUCUGGAGAAAAUGGAGUGCCUCUUCCCAGAUGGCAAUCUGUCCUAUCUCUGUGCUGGAAGACACUAGAUCUGAAAGACACAGUUUCCACAGCUCAGAAAUCAUCCCACAGUGUUGCUUUUCUAUGGAGCUGAUUUAAAGUAUUCCAUUUAGAUUUGAUAGAUAUGUUUAAGCAAUCUAUAAAUCAUUUGCAAUGUUAUAAACACUAAUUGGUUUCCUCUAGGGUGAUAUUUGCCAUUACUCUGUCUCUCUGAUCCAUCCAGCUAAAUGGAAUAGACGAUGACUUGCAUAUGACUCAUACUUGGCUUGUAUCCACCAACAGAAAUUAUACCAUACAGUGAAAGGCAAUUUUCUAAAUAAUUUCAUUACUAAUACGAACUGUGAAGUUGUCAUUUUUUCAUUUGUCCCUUUCUGUCACCUUCCUCUUGUCAGAAUGAAUAUAGACACUGUAUCUAAGUGGGACCAAAGGAAAAAGAGCAAACUUUCACCAAAGUUUUCAUGAAAACCGAAAAGCUUUAAAGGUUACUAUCAAGAAAUUGAAAGGAAACCCACAGAAUAGCAUAAAAUAUUUGUGAGUCACAUAUUUGAUAAAGGUCUUAUAACCAGAGAUAUGAAGAGCUCUUACAACUCAAUAAAAGGCAAGUCAUUUAAAAAUAAGCAAAAGAAUUGCUGGAUGGUAUGGUAGUUCUAUUUUUAGUUUUUACCCUAACUACUCUUACUUGAUCAUUUAACAUUCUAUGUGUGUAACAAAAUAUCACAUACAUAAAUAUUAUGUAUCAAUAAAAUUUUUUAAUGGGCAAA